AUGGGUUCAAUUCGAAGUAUGAACUAUGAGCAGAUUGGGGCGCUGCUCGAGGAGGACGGCAAAAUCGACGAGAUCAUCGACAACAUUCCACAGGUGCGCACGUUGCCCACUGAGCGUGAGAUGGGCCUGGUGCAGAAUAAAUCGCUUGCAGAAUGGAAUCUGUCGCAGGAGCCAAAAAUUGAAGAAGCCAAGAGAAGGUUGCUGAGUAGCUAUGAAGAAGCGGUUAAAGUGAAGGAGGAAGUGUUAUCGUUGAAGGAAAAAUUGGAUUCGCUCUCUGAGCAGAGGUCACUGGACACAUCAAGUGCGCUCCUGCAAGCUGCCGCUCAAGCGGCCGAUGACGACAGCGAGGUGGUCGCCGGCUGCUAUUUGAGCGGACAGAUUGAAGUGGAUCAGUUUCUAAAAGAAUUCAUUGAAUUGAAGACUCUUGCUCACAUGAGGUCUGUUUGCUCGGGAACAUUUGGUGCUCUGGUGGUCGCCGACUGCUAUUUGAGCGGACAGAUUGAAGUGGAUCAGUUUCUAAAAGAAUUCAUUGAACUGAAAACUCUUGCUCACAUG